AUGCCACCAUAUGACAAGAUAUAUGGGAGGAAAUGUAGGUCUCCUAUGUGUUGGGAAGAAGUUGGUGAAAGAGCCUUAGCAGAAAGAGAGUUGGUAGAAGUUAUCAAUCAAGUCAUGCCCUUUAUUAGGGCAAGGUUGAAGAUAGCAACUAGUAAACAUAAAAGUUAUGCAAAUCUCCAUAGGAGAGAAGUGGUUUUUAAGGAGGGGGACAUGGUGCUUCUGAAGGUUAUAAGUGAACCAGACUUGAAAAUUUUAGAAGAUCUUUCUUAUAUUGAACAACCUAUCCAAAUUAUAGACACUCAAAUAAGGAAGUUGAGGAAUAAGGAGAUACCGAAGGUCAAGGCAUUAUGGAACCGCCACAACAUGGAAAAGUGCAUGUGGGAAAUCCAUGAUUCCAUGAUACAACAAUAUCCCCACCUUUUCUAG